CUAGGCGACGGCGCGGCUUGCAGGCGGCGCGGCGGUGCAGGUGAGGCCCGACGACCUCCUCCGUCUCCUCCAUCCUCCGUGCGGCCUCCUCAGUGCCUCCUCCUCCGCAAUUUCUCCUCGAUGCUGCCAUCGCCAGGGACCGUGCACUCUUCAGCUCAGCGAAACCCUAGGUAAUAUGCCGGGCCUCGAUCUGUGCUUGUCGGCCUUUCAUGGAAUCCAUACAGGGCCUCGACGACCAAAUCCUGCCUACAUGUGCUCCUGUAUACAUCUAGUGCUAUGCUAUUCGGUUUCUGCAGCUUCUAAAAAUAUGUGCUUCCGUGCUGUUGUAUUCUAUUAUAUUGGGACACAUCUAGAAAGACUCAGUAUCAAACUGGCUGCUCGAUUUAUGGAUAUAGGCUGCUCCGAUGCCAAAACAUGUGAAUUAUUGAGUUGUUGGUGCUACCAGGAAACAAGUCAACCUUCCAAGCUAUUUCCUCUAUGUGCCUUACAGAUUUGUAUUAAUACAUAAUGGCUAAUGCUAGCUUCUACUUAUUCUGCAUCAAAAGGGUUGCAGCAUGGAGGGUGAUG